AUGGUGACACAGCUGCUCUGGCGAGUGCAAAAUGAACGCUUGCUGACAGGUGCUUCAGCUUCGCUUGCUCACUUUUUGCUUCACAACUCAUGCACUGCCGUUUUCGCUGGAUCACAACGCUGCGUCUCCACUCGAUCUCAUUGUGACGCUCACAGCGGCGACUUUCGUGUAUUCUCGGGUAUCCAACCUACUGGUACGCCCCAUUUGGGCAACUAUAUUGGUGCAAUUGCCAAAUGGGUGGCGCUGCAACAGUCAACAAUAGCAUCAACGACGUCAUCAAGUAAGGGAGAUGGACGUUUAGAAAGUGAUGUGUUGACGUCAUCAACUUCAACUGAUGACGCUCUUUGGACCCGCACAACUCGAUUGUAUUCAGUUGUGGACUUGCACGCCUUGACUGUAGAUUUUAAUGCCAAGCUCAUGCCGAAUCGGGUACAUUCAAUGGUAGCGGCGCUUCUUGGUGCUGGACUGGACCCAAGCCGUAACAUUUUGUUCCGACAGUCUGACGUGGCAGAGCACGCCGAGCUUGCGUGGUUCCUAAGCUGCAUCACACCACUGGGAUGGUUGCAACGUAUGACACAAUUUAAAGAGAAGGCAGCAUGUACCAAAAUGGAGGGCUCGUUGGGACUAUUAGCGUACCCGGUGCUUAUGGCCGCUGAUAUUCUGCUGUACCGCGCGACUCACGUGCCUGUGGGUGAAGAUCAGCAGCAGCACUUAGAACUUACGCGGAGGAUUGCAACAAGAUUCAAUGACCGUUUUGGAUCAAACCGGACUGGAGGAAUCGAAGUGCUUUUGAAGCCGUCCUCGGUGGUAGAAGAUAGUAUGACGAUAGCUGGCACUCAUAUGACAUCACUCUCGCGCAUCAUGAGUCUGCGGGAUCCGACCAAGAAAAUGAGCAAGAGUGAUAAGUCACCUAUGAGUCGCAUUGAACUGACCGAUACAGCCGACGAUAUCCGCAAGAAGGUGCGGAAGGCCACUACGGAUGCGGUUAGCGGCAUUUACUACGACCGGAAGGAGCGACCAGGAGUAUCCAACCUGCUCGACAUCGUGAGCGCUAUCACAGAUCAAAGUAUCGCACAGCUUGAGGCACAAUACGGGAAUUACAACACUGGCACUUUUAAAGACAUGGUAGCCGACGCCGUGAUUGCAAAAAUUUGUCCUAUUGGAGAGCGCAUUAAGCAGUACAAUGCAGACCCAGAGUACAUUGACAAAGUGCUAGCAAACGGUGCAGCACAAGCAUCAGAAUUGGCUGUCGUGACUAUGAAGGAUGUCAAGGAGGUUCUAGGUCUUGCUAGAGCGUAA